GCGGUUGCAUCUAUGCGAUGGGCUGUAAUUUUAAAGAGAAACAUUUUUUACCAGGGCGUAUAAUUACAGUUUUAUUAGCAUCGAAGGGUUUUUCAUUCACUGCAAAUAGAUUCUGCAACCAAAGGUACGCAACCAUGUCUCUAUUUGCCUGACACCGGAAACAAUUUAUUCUUAUGCGUACGACUGGAAUACAGUGGAAAUAUCUUUAAAUAUCUUGGAUGGAUGUGGAAAUAUCUUUAAACGGAAAACGUGGAGGUGGAAAUAUCUUUAACUGGCAAAACUGGGAUGUGGAAAUAUCUUUAAAUGGCUACGACACCGGUAUGAUGGUGCACAUUGGAUUCAGGUUUACCCUAUAAAAAAUUUGCUUACAGUAAGUAGUUUUUAUAUCAUAUGAUUGUAUUAGCAAAACACUGUUCAAAUUUCCAAAACGGAAUCUGUAAAUCACCGGCGAGAUGAAUUCACUGCCCUUUUUAAUCCUUUUAACAUCCGCAUGCAUUUUUUUCCUGUAACUGGUCACAAUUUUUGACGUUUCGGUGCCCGCGAGGUCAUUGCCAGUGUUCCUUUCACUGAUAUCCGCAUUCGGCUGAUGCCCGGAUUCGUCAUUGGUUAAUUUAGAUGAACCUACAUCCGGCAGUCUCCAGAGGAUUUAAAAACAUCCUAAUUCGGCGGCGAUUCCUGAUGCAAUUCUCCAAAAGGCUCAAGAUCUACAGAGACUUUCCUCAAAGCUAAGUAUACUGCCUGCACAUCAGGCUUAUUUCCUUUUGCGGACGUGUAUCUGUGUUCCUAAAAUGAAUUAUCUACUUCGUGCAAGUCCAACCUGGCUGUGCGGCGACGAAUUAGAUCAGUUUGAUAGCGUGGGCAAAUCGGCUUUAGAGGCAGUCACGAACGUUAAAAUGGAUGGGUUAACGUGGGCUCAAGCAUCGCUCCCCGUUUCCAGUGGUGGGUUGGGGAUCCGACGUGUGGCAGAACUAGCAACUCCAGCCUAUUUGGCUUCGGUUUAUGCCACAUCGUCCGUGGUCUCAGACAUCACCACUGCAACGGAGUGCUAUGACUUGGUGCACCAGUUGUGGCAAACAGCCUCGGGUGCUGAGCUACCAGCGGAAAAUGUUCGGCGAUCGCAGAAAGUGUGGGAUGCCGCUUUAGUGAAGAAAACUUGUGAAGUUAUUGUGAAUACUUUCGCGAAUGACGUAACCCACUGUGCGCGUUUGCUUGCAGUUGCGCAGCCGGAAUCGGGGAAAUGGCUGAACGCUCUACCCGUGCCUUCUCUUGGAACCUUGAUGUCGGAUGAGAGCUUCCGUGUAGCGGUCGGACUACGUAUUGGUGCGCCUAUUUGCAGUUCUCACCUGUGCACUGACUGUCGUUUGCCCGUGGACGAAUUUGGCCAUCAUGGGCUCUCAUGCAAAAAGAGCGCAGGACGUUUCAUGCGACAUUCGUCUUUGAAUGAAGUGAUUCGGAGAAGCUUGGUAACCGCUAAUACACCGGCUGUACUCGAACCACGAGGGACUAGCGACGUGGAUGAGCGGCGACCGGAUGGUGUAUCACAGCUGCCUUGGAGAAAUGGAAGGAGACUUGCCUGGGAUGUGACGUGCGUGGACACGUUGGCCCUGUCUAAUGUAAUCAGCAGCAGUACAAAGGCGGGUGAAGCGGCCAAAAAAGCGGAAGAAGAGAAGCGCCGGAAAUACGAGUAUUUAGCUGACGAGUACGAUUUUGUUGCGUUAGCUUUUGAGACCUUUGGUGUCGUUGGCCCAGCAUGUUUGAAGUUUCUGCGCGAACUGGGCAAGCGGAUAAUGGAUGCUACUGGAGAACGACGCUCUUUCGAGUUUUUGUUGCAACGGCUUAGCAUUGAAAUACAGCGGGGAAAUGCGCUGUCUGUAACGUCGACCGUUCCACGUUCGGACGGUCUUAAUGCUGUUUAUUUUGUUUUGUAAUGUUCCCGAAUGUGAUGCUUAUAACUAUGUUUGCCAACUAAACCAAUAAAAGUAACA